ACAGACCGAAUUAUAUCCACUACGAAAACCUUCAUAUGAAUCAUAAACCAUUUUGAUAAAACAAAUAAAAACCAAGGAGAGCAUUUCCUACUGGCCAACAUCUUCUCGCUCCAAGAUUGAAGGGCAAAACACCAGCAAUUUUCUCCUUCUGGCUUACUUUGCUCUCUCUAUAAUUCCCUAGCUUUUUUAGUACUUUUAAGCCAUGGCAGAGAAUCUUGCAACCAAUGGAAGCCAUGUUCUCAAUGUUGAAAAUGACAAACCUUGCUCCAAUACCAACCAAGAAUCAAGCAGUAGCUUUUUCUGUGUACCCUUUAUGCAGAAGGUGAUUGCUGAGGUGUUGGGGACAUACUUUAUGAUAUUGACGGGUUGUGGGUCUGUGGUGGUGAAUUUGAACACAGAAAAUACGGUGUCGUUUCCAGGGAUUGCAAUAGUUUGGGGACUGGUUGUGAUGGUCUUGAUUUACUCUGUUGGUCACAUCUCUGGUGCUCAUUUCAAUCCUGCUGUCACUAUUGCUUUUGCUACCACCAAGAGAUUUCCAUGGAAACAGGUACCCCCUUAUAUUGCUGCUCAAGUCCUUGGAUCAACAUUUGCAAGUGGUACACUCAGACUUCUGUUUAACAAGCAUCAAGACCACUUUGUAGGAACAAGUCCCAGUGGAACUCCCUUGCAGUCUCUCGUGAUUGAGUUCAUAAUCACAUUUUACCUCAUGUUUGUUGUUUCUGGUGUUGCUACUGAUAACAGAGCGAUCGGAGAGCUUGCUGGGCUUGCAGUUGGCUCCACUGUUCUUCUGAAUGUGUUGUUUGCAGGGCCAAUUUCAGGAGCAUCAAUGAACCCAGCAAGAAGCUUAGGACCUGCAAUAGUAUCAAACCAUUACAAAAACCUGUGGAUUUACAUUGUGUCACCAAUUCUUGGAGCUGUAAGUGGUGCCUUGGUCUACAAUUUAAUCAGAUUUACAGAUAAGCCACUGCGUGAGCUCACCAAGAGUGGUUCUUUCUUGAAAGGCGCAUGCCGUACCUAAUUGAUGAAAAUAGAAGAAUAAGGGAUUUGCUAGACAGAAAGUGAUCUAAUUGUGGGUUAGGGAGAAGAGAGGUAAAGACUAUAAAAUUCUCCGACAGCUUCCCUAGGGAGGUGAACUUUAGAGAAAUUGUCGAGAUGCUCUACAGACCAUUUACGCAUCAUUUUGUUUAUUUUCUCCGAAAGUGGGGCUAAGAGCAAGCUCAUAGUAGGUCAAAAGUCAAAUAUUUUCAGCCUACCAAAAACAAAAUAUUCUCUCAAAUAUGCAUAUUUGGCUUGUCAACAAAAAGCAGCGAUGCUGCCACCGUAGACUAAAUUCUAUAAGCCAAAAAUCA